AUUGUUUUUGGUGUUUAUGUGAAAUCUCAGUGUAGUCAGUUUCCCCUCUUGCUGUCAUCUGCUUUGGAGAUUAGUUUCACAGUAAGGAUUUCUGUUGAAAGCACCAUGAAGCGACUACUUUCUCUGGGGCCUCAGCCCCUUUGCUUGUCACUCAGUCUGAAGCUAACAUGUCACUGAAAAAUGAAUCACGAGUAAACACUUCUGCGUUACAAAAAAUCGCUGCUGACAUGAGUAAUUUGAUAGAAAAUCUGGACACAAGAGAGCUUCACUUUGAAGGGCAGGAGGUGGAAUAUGACUUUUCUUCGGAUGAUCCCAAGAAACCGGAAGAGUACAUCCCUUUCUCUGCUAUUUAUGAGACACAAGGAUUUAAAGAGCCAAACAUACAGACCUAUCUCUCUGGCUGUCCAAUAAAAGCCCGGGUUCUGGAAGUGGAGCGCUUCACAUCGGCUACCAGGGUAGCAAGUAUUAAUCUUUACACUAUUGAGUUAACACAUGGAGAAUUUAAAUGGCAAGUCAAGAGGAAAUACAAGCACUUUCAAGAAUUUCACAGAGAAUUACUCAAGUACAAAGCCUUCAUUCGAAUCCCUCUUCCAAGCAAAAGACAUACAUUCAGAAGACAAAAUGUCAAACGGGAGGAGCCUCGAGAUAUGCCCAGUUUUCCAAGCUCAUCUGAAAACACAAAUAGAGAAGAGCAGUUCUUCGGUAAGAGGAAACAACUGGAAGAUUACUUGACAAAAUUGCUUAAAAUGCCCAUGUAUAAAAACUAUCACGCAACAACGGAAUUUCUUGAUAUAAGCCAGCUAUCAUUCAUCCAUGAUCUGGGACCAAAGGGCAUAGAAGGUAUGAUAAUGAAAAGAUCCGGGGGACACCGAAUACCAGGCUUGAAUUGCUGUGGGCAUGGAAGAGCCUGCUACCGCUGGUCCAAAAGGUGGUUGAUAGUGAAAGAUUCCUUUUUACUAUAUAUGAACCCAGACAGUGGUGCUAUUGCCUUUGUUCUGCUAGUUGAUAAAGAAUUUAGGAUUAAGGUGGGGAAGAAGGAAACAGAGACGAAAUAUGGACUUCGAAUUGAUAAUCUUUCAAGGACACUGAUUUUAAAAUGUAACAGUUAUAGACAUGCUCGGUUGUGGGGAGGGGCAAUAGAAGAAUUCAUCCAGAAAUAUGGCACCAAUUUUCUCAAGGAUCAUCGAUUUGGGUCAUAUGCUGCUAUCCAAGAGAACACAUUAGUUAAAUGGUAUGUUAAUGCCAAAGGAUACUUUGAAGACAUAGCAGAUGCAAUGGAAGAGGCAAAAGAAGAGAUUUUUAUUACAGAUUGGUGGUUGAGUCCAGAAAUCUUCCUGAAGCGCCCUGUGGUGGAGGGAAAUCACUGGCGGUUGGACUGUAUUCUUAAACGAAAAGCACAACAGGGAGUGCGGAUCUUUGUAAUGCUCUACAAAGAGGUGGAACUUGCUCUUGGAAUCAACAGUGAAUAUAGCAAGAGGACUCUGAUGCGUCUACACCCUAACAUAAAGGUAAUGAGACACCCAGAUCACGUGUCAUCCACUGUUUAUCUAUGGGCUCAUCAUGAGAAACUUGUCAUCAUUGACCAGUCAGUGGCUUUUGUUGGUGGAAUUGAUCUCGCCUAUGGAAGGUGGGAUGACAAUGAGCAUAGACUCACAGAUGUGGGCAGUGUGAAGCGUGCCAACAUGGGAUCCAACCAGUGUUUUCUAACAGCAGAAACAAUAAACUCUCUGGAAUCUCUAAACCUCAAUGAUAAAAAUGAAUCCAGUAAAAGUCAGACUAUGUUGAAGAGUGUUGAUUAUAUGGAUUCAAAAUUGAAAGGAAUAGGAAAGCCCAGUAAGUUUUCCAAAUUCAGCCUCUAUAAGCAGUUGCACAGACACCACCUGCACAACGCAGACAGCAUCAGCAGCAUCGACAGUGCCUCCAAUACCAGCUCCAUUCGAAGCUUACAGACAGGUGUGGGGGAGUUACAUGGUGAAACCCGGUUCUGGCAUGGAAAGGACUACUGCAAUUUUGUCUUUAAGGACUGGGUUCAACUGGAUAAACCAUUUGCUGAUUUCAUUGACAGGCACUCCACCCCCCGAAUGCCCUGGCAUGAUAUUGGUUCUGCAGUGCAUGGAAAGGCUGCUCGGGAUGUGGCUCGACAUUUUAUACAGCGCUGGAACUUCACGAAGAUUAUGAAAUCAAAGUAUCGGUCCCUUUCAUAUCCUUUUCUACUUCCAAAAUCUCAAACAACAGCUCACGAAUUAAAAUAUCAAGUGCCUGGAUCUGUUCAUGCUAAAGUACAGUUGCUCCGCUCUGCUGCUGAUUGGUCUGCUGGCAUAAAGUAUCAUGAAGAAUCCAUCCAUGCUGCUUACGUCAAUGUGAUAGAGAAUAGCAACUACUACAUCUAUAUAGAAAACCAGUUUUUCAUAAGCUGUGCAGAUGAUAAAGUUGUGUUCAACAAGGUUGGAGAUGCCAUUGCCAAGCGAAUACUGAAAGCUUACAGGGAAAACCAGAGAUACCGGGUAUAUAUCGUGAUACCGCUUCUACCAGGCUUUGAAGGAGACAUUUCAACUGGUGGAGGAAAUGCUUUGCAGGCAAUAAUGCACUUCAACUACAGAACCAUGUGCAGGGGAGAAAAUUCUAUCCUUGGACAGUUAAAAGCAGAACUUGGCAAUCAGUGGAUAAAUUACAUAUCAUUCUGUGGUCUUAGAACACACUCCGAGCUUGAAGGAAACCUAGUCACUGAGCUUAUCUAUGUCCACAGCAAGUUACUAAUUGCUGAUGACAACACAGUUAUUAUCGGAUCUGCCAACAUCAAUGACAGAAGCAUGCUGGGAAAGCGUGAUAGUGAAAUGGCUAUCAUUGUGCAGGACACAGAAAUGGUCCCCUCCAUAAUGGAUGGAGAAGAAUACUAUGCCGGCCGCUUUGCCCAAAGUCUUCGGCUACAGUGCUUUAGGCUUGUCCUUGGCUAUCUUUCUGACCCAAGUGAGGACAUUCAGGAUCCAGUAAGUGAAAAAUUUUUCAAAGAAGUGUGGGUUUCCACAGCAGCUCGAAAUGCUACAAUUUAUGACAAGGUAUUCCGGUGCCUUCCCAGUGAUGAAGUACACAAUUUAAUUCAGCUCAGAGACUUUAUAAACAAACCCAUAUUAGCACAGGAAGAUCCCAUGAGAGCUGAGGAGGAACUAAAAAGGAUCCGUGGAUUCUUGGUGCAAUUCCCCUUUUAUUUCUUGUCUGAAGAAAACCUACUACCUUCUGUUGGAACCAAAGAAGCCAUGGUGCCUACAGAAGUCUGGACUUAAGAGUACUUUCAUGUGCAGCUCAAACCUUCUAUCUUGGAGAGUUCACUAUGCACAGUGAUUUUUUUUUUUUUUGGAGACCUCACAGCCUAACCCAACCCUGGUGCAUUCUUACCACUGAACCCAUUAAACUAAUUGGGAAGGGAAGUGUUGUAACCCUACUGACGAAAAGACACUUCAUAGCAAUAGGGCUUCGACAUUCCUCCUUCUGAUCUUUUUGGAGAAGGGACUGCAUUCUUAUUGGGAGCAUAUACCCAACACCUUAAAACACAGUUUCAAAUGUUAUGUGUUUCUCAAAUUUAUAUGUAUUUUAGGGUCAAAAAGUAAUUUUCUUUGCUAAUAAGAACCUAAAACUAAAACAUAGGUUGCCAAAAGUUGUCUAAAUCAUCUUAUUCUUCACUGAUCCUUGUUUAUGCAGCUGAUGUCUACAGAACCUGCCUCCAUAUCAUAGUCUGUACAAGCACAGUUUUACAUACUAUUCAUUGAAUAAGAUGUUGUGAUGCUGCUUCAAGUUUCUUCAAGGUCGGUGGAAUGCUCCUAUACAUCUGCUACUAAAAUAGUUUACCCAAAGCAAGGUGUGGGCACUAUUAUUCUUCGGUGACUGAAAGAACAGACUAGAGUCUAGUGACCACUACAGCCUGUGACAGGCACUUCUGAUAACAUUAACACUAUAUAAUAUGACACCACAGAGUAAUAGGAAGAAAUUAAAUGUGGUUAUUGAGGCAGCGAUUUUACUUUGCCUCUAAAGGCACUGACAAGAUGUACCCUGUUGAUAAGGCCCACCUGAUCAAAUUUGAAAGCCUGUGUAAUAUUUGAAUACAUAUUAUCUGAUAAAUCUAAGAGAUAGAAUUCUCUAGUGGUAUUGGUAAAAAGUCUGUUGCAGAUAACAAAGGUGAUUCCUAUGGUCUUGUAAAAUUUCCUUUCCUCCUUGACUUACUGAAUUGUUUGAAAUUUGAGUUUCUGUAUUUCAGAAUCAAACCAGUGCAAUUUGCUUUUCAAGAGAAUCAGAGACUUUGUAACUCCUACCAAGUUAAUAAAUAUUCUUACUCUUA